UUUUUUGUACAUUUUGUUCAAAACUUUAAUUUUUUUUAUGUACGUUUCAAAAAAAUAAAAUGAAAUAAUUUGAAUGAGUGAUAAUGUGGCGGCACUGGGCUGAGCGCUGAGCAUUUAUAGGGAGUAGAGCAGUAGAGUACACCCCACGACACCAUCGAGCCGGAGUCGGGAGGGGGCGGGGGAAGUGAGAGUCGUGCUCACAGCUGAUGUCUGAUCAGGUUAGGAGAGGAUAUGUCCAAAAUUGUCCACAUACAAAAUACUAAAGCAGACUAAAGAGCAGUUUGGUUAAAUUUGUAACCAAUACCUGAUUAAAAAUUUAAUUUUGUCUUGGUUUUUUUAUUUCGGUAAUCGGCAAAAUGCCGCCGAAAAAAGCUCCAGCAGCUCCGAGCAAAAAAACGGAGCAGAAGAAGAAAGAAAAAGUUAUAGAGGAUAAAACUUUUGGCAUUAAAAAUAAAAAAGGAGCAAAGCAGCAGAAAUUUAUUCAACAAGUUGAAAAACAAGUUAAAACCGGUGGUCUUCAUCCGCGUAAAUUAGACGACCCUAAUGCCAAAAAACUUGAAAAGGAAAAGAAGUUGCAAGAACAAAAAGAACUAGCUUUGAUAUUCAAACCUGUACAGGCUCAAAAAGUUGACAAAGGAACGGAUCCAAAGUCUGUUGUCUGUGCUUUCUUUAAACAAGGUCAGUGCACCAAAGGAGACAAGUGCAAAUUUUCUCAUGAUUUGACUGUUGAAAGAAAGGCUGAAAAACGAUCACUCUACUGUGAUCUCGAUAAAGAUGCAGACAAAGAGACAGAUACCAUGGAUGAUUGGGAUGAAGAUAAGCUGAAACAAGUUGUAGAGAAAAAACACGGCAGUGGUGGUCAUAGACCUACUACCGACAUUAUAUGUAAACAUUUCCUAGAAGCUGUAGAAAAAUCUAAGUAUGGCUGGUUUUGGGAAUGCCCAUCUGGACAGAAAUGUAUUUAUCGCCAUGCGCUGCCACCUGGUUUUGUUUUGAAAAAAGAUAUUAAAAAGAAAGAAGAAAAAAAGAAUGAAAUUUCAUUAGAAGAUCUUAUUGAAAAAGAAAGAGCUAAUCUAGGACCAAAUCAAACUAAAAUUACAUUGGAAACAUUUUUGGCUUGGAAAAAGAGGAAGCUACAAGAGAAGAAACAACAAGCUAUUAAGGAUGAAGAAAAGAAACGAAACGAUUACAAAGCUGGUAGACAAGUUGGGAUUUCAGGCAGAGAAAUGUUCUACUUCAAUCCUGAACUUGCUGCUGGAGAUGUCAAUGAUGAUGGUGAUGAAGCAAUUGCGACUUACGAACGUGAAGAGGAGGAUGAGGAGAGUGUCGAAUAUCGAGAAUUAGACGUAGAUCGACUUGUUAUGGAAGCUAGUCAAGUUGAUACCUCAGGAAUAUGCACAGUAGCAACUGAUCGGGAUAAAAAACCAAAAGAAGUCACUCCUUCUGAAUCAAACGAUAGUAGCAAUGUCGAAACAAAAGCAUCAUCAGCGGCAGGUGUAAGUGAAACUUUAGCCAUAAACGAGAAUCUGUUUGUGGAAGAAGAUUUAGAAGGUAUUGAAGACGAACUAGAAGAUUUAGACUUGGAGGAAUAACUCAUGAAUUAUCGAACACAAU